AUGUCAUUGGCAUAUAUUAGUCAACAAGUUACAAUUUACGUGGGGUGGUUUUUUGUGAUUGCUGGAAUAGGUGGAAAUGGAUUGAAUAUUUUGAUAUUCACAAGUGUUCGUAAUUAUCGUCAAACUCCUUGUACAUUUUAUUUUCUUAUAACUUCAAUAGACAAUAUCGUUGUUCUGAUAGUUAGUGUUAUUUCCCGUAUAUUCAUCGCAGGUUAUCAAAUUGAUUUAACUCUUACGUCUACAUUCUGGUGUAAACUACGAGCAUAUCUCAUAAAUGUCCUUACAUUAAUUUCUUUUACUUAUUCAUGUUUAGCUUCAAUUGAUCAAUUUCUAGUUACAUCAAGAAAUGCUAAUGUUCGUCGUUUAAGUAAUAUCAAAUGGGCACAUAGGAUGAUGUUUAUUGUCAUUAUUGUGUGGUGUUUACAUGGAAUACCUCAAAUUUUAUUCUAUGAUAUUUCAUCAAUAACGAAGACAUGCCGAAUUAUCAAUGCUUCAUAUUCUAUUUAUGCUUCAAUAUAUGUUCUUAGUCUUACUUGUGUCAUUCCAAUCGUAGUGAUGAUUAUAUUUGGAUAUUUAACUUAUCGUAAUAUUCAUUUAGCAAGAGUGGUACGUGCUGAACACCAAGCUGAUCAUCAAUUAGUGCGAAUGACUUUGAUUCAAGUAAUUCUUAUUGUCAUUUCCAUAACUCCGUAUGGAAUGAAUAAUGUUUAUGGUUUGAUUACAUCUACAAUUAGUAAAGAUCCCGAUCGAUUAACAAAAGAAUCAUUUAUAUCGACAAUACUCAGUCUAUUCACUUAUGUCAAUUAUGUUGGAACUUGUUAUAUGUUUUUAAUUUCAUCACGUCGAUUUCGUCGACAAGUAAAAGAUCGAAUCUUUUUUUGGCAAAGACAAAAUCGAAUAAAUCAAAUUCAACCCCCUCCAUUUAGAAGAACAACAACAAAUAUCAGAGUCAAGAAUUAAAAAAAAACAUCCACUCUUUCUUCAUAUUGUAUGUUGUGUAAAAUUGUACUGUAAUUGAAAUUUGAUGUUUCUGAAAGAUUUCUUUCGAGUAUAUUGUCAGCAGCAAACUGUAAUAUUUGUUUUGCGUUGACUGUUGAAAAAUCAACACCAAUUUUUAAAUAGUUGUGCUCCUGGGUUUGAUAAUAGUCAAAAUACUACGUGUCCAUAUGGUAUAAGUAAAAUUUCUUUGAUGAGUGAGGACGUGACUGUUAGCGAAAGUACGAAACAAUUGGUGUUAAACUCAUCUGUCACACGCACAUCCUCAAAUUAAUAUAUAGAUUUUAUUUCUUUGCAAUAACACAUUUCUUUUGCUCAUGAGAUAUUGUUUUAUAUGAUGAUAAGAAUUGAAAAAAGAGUCACUUCUUUUUUACAAUGAGUUAUCUAGGAGGCAUUGCACGUAAGCCACACCAAACGUUGCUCAAUGACCAUCUCCGAUUUGGCUGAUAUUUUUACAGUA